AUGAAUUACUUGCGGAGGCGCCUCUCAGACAGCAGCUUUGUGGCCAAUUUACCAAAUGGUUAUAUGAUGGACCUGCAGCGUCCUGAGAGUUCAACCAGCUCACCAGUGUCGCCGGCUACUGAGCGCCGCCAGCCACCAGCUCCCUCCACAGGCUCCACCAUCCUCAGCUCCAUCUCCAAUGCCGUCAAGCAGACAACAGCGGCAGCAGCAGGACUAGUGGAACAAACGGGAGCUGCAGCUCCUGCUGGACCCACCGCCCCUGUCAUACGGAAACCAAAGAUCCUCUUGGUUAUUGACGACCCGCACACUGACUGGUCCAAAUACUUCCGAGGCAAGAAGGUCCUGGAUGAAUAUGAGAUCCGUUUAGAGCAGGCAGAGUUUUCAGAAUUGAAUUUGGCCGCAUACGUGAAUGGGGGCUGUAUGAUCGACAUGCGGCUGAUCCGGAAUGGAACUAAAGUUGUCAGAUCCUUCAAACCAGACUUUGUUGUAAUUCGCCAGCAUGUAUAUAACAUGGCCCAUGGCGAAGAUUACCGGAACCUCAUCAUUGGCUUGCAGUAUGGCAGAGUGCCUUCACUCAAUUCUCUUCAAUCUGUCUACAACUUUUGCAACAAGCCUUGGAUGUUUUCCCAGCUGAUAAAGAUCUCCCAAACCUUGAGUCCAGCCAAGUUCCCACUCAUUGACCAGACAUUCUUCCCCAACCACAGAGAGAUGCUCACAAUUCCCAAAUUCCCUGUGGUUGUGAAGAUGGGACAUGCUCAUGCAGGCAUGGGUAAGGUAAAAGUUGAAAAUCAUUACGACUUCCAGGAUAUAGCCAGUGUCGUGGCCCUUGCGAAAACUUAUGCAACCACAGAGCCUUACAUUGACUCCAAGUAUGAUAUCAGAAUUCAGAAGAUUGGGAGCAAUUACAAAGCUUACAUGAGGACUUCAAUUUCAGGAAACUGGAAAGCAAACACUGGCUCUGCCAUGCUGGAACAAGUAGCCAUGACAGAACGCUAUCGAACGUGGGUGGAUGCUUGUUCAGAGAUGUUUGGUGGCCUGGACAUCUGCGCAGUAAAAGCUGUACAUGGGAAAGACGGGAAAGAUUAUAUCAUUGAGGUAAUGGACAGUGCCAUGCCACUGAUUGGCGAGUACAUUGAGGAGGACAGGCAAUUAAUAGCAGACUUGGUCAUAGGGAAAAUGAACCAGCUUCUGUCAGAGAACUCUACAGCUUCCCAGCAAAGAGUCGGAAUGACAUUGACCCAGGUCCAGCCUCAAUCAACAAAAACACAGGUGCAUCCUCUACCAGGAGCCACCAACCAGUGGGGCCAAGCUCGUCCACCAACUCAAGGAAGCCCACGACAACCCCAAAGCCCUCAGAUUCACCGUUCCAACACAGUGCCUCAUCAAAGACCUUCUCCACAGGGUCAGCAGCCCCCAAGUCCUCAGUCCAGCACAAAUCAGCAAGAGAAAUCUCCAGGUUCAGGUUCUCCAAAACAGAUCAAAUCUGCAGGCGCCUCUCCUAACCAGUCAUUCAAGCCUGGAGCUUUCUCGGCACAGCCAUCGAGGACCCCUGCUCAGGGCCAGGCCCUUUCACAACCAAGAUCUGGGGUCGCAACACUACAACAACAGACCACAACACCACAGCCACUGCUCAACAAAUCUCAAUCAUUGACAAACAGUUUCAGUGUUACUGAGCCCCCUCAGCGUACUGGCGCCAAUGAAGAUGAAGCGAAAGCAGAGACAAUUCGGAACCUAAGGAAGUCCUUCGCCAGCCUCUUUUCUGAUUAA